GAAGAAUUUGUCCGAUGGAGUCGACGUCCGUCUGAGGUCCGUUGUUCGUUUUAUUUUCAAGCUGUCACCGAUUUAAAAGACGUUCAGUAACCAGCACAGUUUCACCUAAGGACUUAGACCCAGUCUUUGUAUUAACUUUUUUGUAAACGGAACGGUGAGGAAUCACUAGAUAUCUUGUGGACGGCGUCCUUGCUGCCAUCAUUCUCAAACCAUAAUGAUCACCAGAAGAAGAGGCCGCUCCAUGAACAGCACAGAGGUGCGUUCUCUGGAGGUUGAAGUGGAAACUGACAAAGAUCUCCCAUGUAUUUCUGAGGGGUUUCCGGCCGACGACAUUGACACAGCUGGAAUAGAGCUAGAGGACCUUUUUGGAAUCGAAGACUUAAAAUGGACACUUGAAAGAGAUCCUGCCUCCCCGCUCUUCGAUCUUGAGUUGGCUGAUCUUGGUGUGUGCAGUGCCAAGGAUCAAGAUUCAGGGAACGAAGCUUCGACAGCCUCCUCUCCAGAGAGACGGUCGUCUGACUUGAAGAUCAGGAACAGAGAAAACCAGUCGGGCCACGUGAGCAACAAAAAUGCCAUUGCUGCCAGAUUGAAUCGUCUCAAGAAGAAAGAAUAUGUUAACAGCUUGGAGAAGAAAGUUGGCAUCCUGUCAACAGAAAACAACAUGCUCAAACAGGAAAACUCUCAGCUGACGAAGAGAGUGGACGAGUUGGAAGAUGAGACCAGGUACCUGAGAGCUGUGCUGGCCAAUGAGAGCAUGUUAGGCCAGCUCUUGUCCAGGUUGAGCGGUGUGAAUGGGAUGAAAUUAUCUUCCUCGCUUUUCCAGGGCCCCGACUCCAACGACCACGACUACGCCUUACCCAGGAAGCGUGUGAAAGUGGAGGAGAAAGAGACAUCUGGUGGCGUGUGUCUGCAUGUGGACAAGAACCACGUCUCAGUGGAGUUCUGCACCAAGUGUGCAGAGAGUGCAAGCACAUCACUCAAAAUUUUCUUCUAGGUAAUGGUUGAUCCACCAUGCGGGAUGAGUGGCUUUCUGAACACCUUUGCCUGCUUGACUCCAUGUGGAUUCUGCUGGUGGAAGGUGAAGAGACUGGACAAGCAGCUGCCAACGCGGCCUGGUAUUUUUUUAAAGGUAGUAUCGGUAACAAAUGGUAUACGGUGAUUACAUUUUACCAAUACUCCACAACACCUGUAGCUGUAGAUCUUGUCAGCGUAGCUCAUCCCGCAUUUUUGGGGGACUGACAACAGCUGCUUCAUCACUUGGAGCAAAUGCUACCCAAGGCUUAAUAGUCUCAUGAUUAUGUCUUGUAUAUAUAUUGGAAUGUGUUGAGUAAAUACAUUUUGAUCAAGUGUAACAACAUGUAAAUGUGUAUAUAACUUUGAAUACGUAUUGUUUGAAGUAAAUGACCUUUGAGAAAUGUUGGACAAAUAAAUCAUAUUUUCGUUA